AUGGUGAGAGAUAGGAUGCAGGCUUCUCAAAGUAGACAGAAGGCCUAUGCAGACGGUAGGAGGAGACCCUUGGAGUUCGUGGCGGGAGACCAUGUGUUCUUGAGGUUGGCCAACCUUCAUCCGGUGUUCCAUGUAUCGCAACUGAGGAAGUACGUGUUUGAUCCGGCUCAUGUGUUGGAAGCUGAAGAUAUACAGAUCAGAGAAGAUCUUGCUGUGGAAGUGCCACCCAUUGCCUUAGAAGAGAGUCGCGUUGAGGAACGCCGAGGAAAACCCGUCAAUCUAGUCAAAGUAAUAUGGGAUCGAAGAACUAACGACUCUACUUGGGAGUCGUAG